UUGAAACAAUGUUUUUAAAGUCAGUUGUGUUCAUAGAUUUGUCAGGUUUGGGUUUUGUAGGAUUUUACAGAUUAAAUGUUGGCUCCAAACUGGUCUGAACCACAUCACUCCAGGAAUGUUUCAGGACAAACAUGAGGAGCAGGAGUGUGGGCGACCUGUGAUCUCUCCUCAGCGCUGCCGGUUUAUGAAAGCUCUUCUCCGCUGCCCCCUCAUCUACACUACACUCCGCCCCACGUCUCUCCAACUCUGACUGGACUUUCCUCCUGUGGAUCCUGUGCGUCAGUCUCCUCUAACCUAACCAAGCUCCUUGGACGAGCUGGAAUGACGCUGAAAGUUGGGACCAUGGGUUGGCAGGAGCGACGAUGGCUCGUCUGUGCCACAUUCCUGGGCUUUUUCCUGGUGUCCCCGGUGUGGAGCAUAACAAGGAGCGAGCUUUUCUCCUACGGUGGAGACCAGUUACUGGAGCCAGGGAAUGACCAGACGCACCGAGUGGAGCUGGACCAGCCCGUGUUGUUCUAUGAUGGCACUUUCGACAGCAUCUAUAUCAACACCAAUGGUUUCGUUGCCACCGUGGAGCCGACAGAGGAGUCGACGUAUCUCAGCGCGAUGCCUCCAAAGUUUGGAAUGAUUGCAGCUCUGCAGGGAGACCUGGACACAAGUGACGGUGUGGGCAAAGUUUACUUUCGCCAAGACUCCAGGCCUGAUGUUCUGCGUCAGGCAGCAGAGCACAUCAACAGAGCCUUCCCUGAUGACGAUGAAGUCGAUCCCACCCACACUGUGAUCAUCACCUGGGUUGAUGUCGCCGCUCACGGCUCUCAAAGUCAAGACAAGAAGAGAAACACCUUCCAGCUGGUUAUUGCCUCUUCGGAGAAGGCCUCCUUUGCUAUAGUUCUAUAUCCAAGGGGUGGAAUACAGUUUUCCUCCACACAAGACCCUGGUGUGACAAUGCAGGCUGGCUUUAGCCAGGGUAUUGUUCGUGGAUUUCUGUUUUACCAACAGGGACCGUACUACCGCACCACCACAAAUGAAGCUGAAUCUGUCAGAGCGUUACAAGAGGAAACCAACUCUGGCGUGCGCGGUGUGUGGGUGUACGAGAUCGGUACUUCUCCCUAUUUUACCAAUGUUGCACCAGGUGAGGUCCCUGACCUGCCUACUGAAGCCACACCACAGGGGGCGCCAGAAGGCUACGAUGUUGAUGUCGAUGCAGUCAGGAUCGUGCACACUGAUGGACAGCAAGUAGAGUACCCCCCGUUUGAACCGGAAGGGGGGCAGAUUGAAGUCCACCCAGUCCAGUAUCAGCCACAUCGACCAGAGAACCCAGAAGUGGUGGUGGUGGUGGACGACACAGACAUCAAUGUGGAUGUGUUUUCAUACAACCUGGGGACAUGUGCAAACAACAGGAAGAAGUGUUCCCAGUUUGCAGACUGCAGGGACUACGCCAGUGGGUACUGUUGCCACUGCAGGCCUGGCUUCUAUGGAAAUGGGAUUGAGUGUGUGGCGGAAGGAAAACCACAGAGGAUGAAUGGUAAACUACAUGGAAAAGUCCACGUGGGCAGAUCUCCUUCAGCUGUGGAGUUCAGCAGCAACGAUCUCCACUCGUAUGUUGUCGCAAACGAUGGCCGAUCCUACGUGGCCAUCAGCGACAUCCCACAUUCCGUCGGGCCCUCACUGCAGCCCCUGUCGGCCCUCGGUGGUGCAAUCGGAUGGGCCUUCGCCCUGGAGCAGCCAGGCUUCAAGAAUGGCUUCAGUAUUGUUGGGGGGGAGUUCACACGGCAGGCAGAGGUGACCUUUCUGCCAGAGAAUGAGAAGCUGACCAUCAAGCAGGAGUUCAAAGGUAUUGAUGAACAUGACCACCUGGUUGUGAGCACUACCCUGAACGGUCGGGUCCCCGAGGUCCCUGAAGGAGCCACAGUGCAAGUCAACCCUUUUUCGGAGAUCUACCAGUACAGCAACAACUUGAUCACAUCCUCCUCCACCCGGGACUACAUUGUGAACCUGCCUGACGGAUCCACCGACACCAGGACGUAUCAGUGGCGUCAGACCAUCUCCUUCCAGAGCUGCCAGCACGACGAGUCCUACAGAGACAUGAAACCGACCCAGAUGCUCAACGUGGACCAGAUAUUUGUCAUGUAUGACUCCAGUAAUGAGCUCAUCCGGUUUGCCAUGAGCAACAAAAUCGGGGACAUCAACGGCGGGCAGCCAGAAGAAAACCCCUGUUUCACAGGAAGACAUGGAUGUGACACAAACGCUGUUUGCAGACCAGGAGACGGAAACCAGUUUACUUGCCAGUGUGCUGCUGGUUUUAAUGGUGAUGGCCGUGUAUGUUCUGACAUCGACGAGUGCAAAGAGAACCCUCACAUCUGUAGCUUCCAUGCUGUCUGCAACAACCAGCCCGGAACAUUCCGUUGUGAAUGUGACGAUGGAUAUCAGUUUGCUAGCGACGGGCAGACCUGCAUAGCGGUUGACCGCCCCACUGACCCCUGUGAGGAAGGCACCCAUACAUGUGACAUUCCUGAGCGUGCUCAGUGCAGCUAUACCGGAGGUUCAUCCUACAUCUGCUCAUGUCUGCCUGGAUAUAUAGGAGAUGGAAAAGUCUGCCAAGACAUCGAUGAGUGCCAGCAGGGCAGGUGUCAUCAGGAUGCUGUGUGCUAUAACACCGAGGGUUCAUUUACCUGCCAGUGCAGGCCAGGGUAUUAUGGUGACGGCUUACACUGUGGUCCAGGGAGGCCAAAAACUCAGUGUGAAAACCACAGAGACGGCCUCCUUUCUGUAACAGAGUUUGGUCCCAGAGGUCCGCGUCCUCCCGUUGGACAGUACAUCCCCACGUGUGAUCAGCAUGGUGCCUAUGAACCAAUGCAGUGCCAUGGCAGCACAGGACAGUGUUGGUGUGUAGACCGUAACGGACAGGAGAUCCACGGGACACGAUCUGGACCCGGCAGCAGACCAAUGUGCAUCGACCAUGGUGUAGUGCCACCCACUGUGGGACCCGGCCCUCGCCCCGAUGUCCACCCUCUGCCACCAGGGACACACUUGUUGUUUGCCCAGAGUGGCAGGAUAGAACACGUCCCACUGGAGGGUUAUGACAUGAAGAAGGAAAAUGCCAAAACUGUGCUCCAUCUCCCAGAAAAGGUAAUCAUCGGAGUGGCCUACGACUGUGUGGAGAAAAUGGUCUACUGGAGUGAAAUCACAUCUCCCUCCAUCAGCAGAGCAAGCAUCCAGGGAGGGGAGCCGGUGGCCGUCAUUAGAUCAGAUUUGUCCAGCCCUGAGGGUAUUGCCAUUGAUCACUUGGGGAGAACCAUGUUCUGGACAGAUUCCAUGAAGGAUCACAUCGAGGUAGCCAGUCUGGACGGGUCCCAUGUUUUCAUGGUGAAUCCCGCCCUCGUCACCCCUCGUGCCAUUGUCACAGACCCUGCCAACGGUAUUCUCUACUGGUCGGACUGGAACCGUGAAGCUCCCAAAAUUGAGACCUCGUAUAUGGAUGGCUCCAACCGGAGGGUGCUGGUGAAGGAUGAUCUGGGCCUGCCAAAUGGCCUGACGUUGGACUCCCAGAGUUCUUUGCUCUGUUGGGCAGAUGCAGGCACACAUCAAGUGGAGUGCAUGAACCCGGCCCAGGGAGACCGCAGGAAGGUUAUUGAGGGGGUUCAGUAUCCAUUCGGAGUUACCUCCUUUGGCAGGAACCUCUACUACACUGACUGGCGAAGGGAUGCUGUGAUUGCAGUAGAUCGAUACGCUGCCAGGGAAUCAGCCGAGUUCCAACCACAGAAACAGACUAAGUUGUAUGGAAUCACCACAGCCUACGCCCAGUGUCCUUCAGGACAAAACUACUGUGCUGUGAACAACGGGGGCUGCACUCACCUCUGUUUAGCAACACCAACCGGCCGCUCCUGCAAAUGUCCCAGUAACGCUGUGGGUGUGGGCUGCGUGGAGAGAGACGGGUACUGACCUGAGGCAGCUGAGCCAUGACACUGUUUGGAAGUUUGAUCACAAAUUAGGAGCCCCUCAGCAUUACUAAACUAUAGCUGCUGAAAAUGCCACUGUAAACCAGAGGUGAACUCACUGUGCCUUUUAUAUUUCAGUGUCAUGCUUCUCGACAUUUUCCCACCGCCUUUAUAAGAUCACAUUUGCCCUUCAGAAUUGUAAAUAUAAACACUAUAAUAUUGAAUUAUUUCCUGAGUGCACAUAAACAGAGACUCAAGGGACAUGCAGUAUAAUUUAAUGUGAAAUUAAUCACAGUAAUGUGUGACAUCAUCUCACGUGGGCUGUGUUACAUUGUGGCAUGUUUGGAUUAUUCCAUGUGUUGUCUCAUAGAAGUAUUUAAGAAAUAGUUGGAGUAAAAAUGUCUAAACAAGCUGUUGGAAUGCGUUUACAUGUCGGGCAACAAAAGAAUAAAGUUUUUUUCUAACGUG